GCCUGGAGGUGUGAGGGCUUGGCUCCGGUUUUACUGUUUUAGUGCAGCCCUGUAAGAAUACGUGAAUCACGCGUUGGUGACAGGCUCGAGUGUUCAGGAGUGUGUGCGUGUAUCUCUGCUUUGUGGCCUUCAGGAUCCAACAAGAGUAGAGAAGACAGCAAAUUACCUAAGAUGUGAGAAGUCCUCCCUUAGUGAAAUAAAAUCUUGGUUUCAAAAUGGACCGAAGUAAGCGGAACUCAAUAGCAGGAUUUCCACCACGCUUGGAGCGCGCUGAAGACUUUGAUGGUACCACUGGAGAAGGGACUGCAUCCCAGCUGGGAAGAGUUUGUACCUCUUCAUACAGAGCCCUGAUAAGUGCCUUUUCCAGACUUACUCGUCUUGAUGAUUUCACAUGUGAGAAAAUUGGCUCUGGUUUCUUCUCUGAGGUGUUCAAGGUAAGGCACAGAACUUCAGACCAGGUAAUGGCUUUGAAGAUGAACACACUGAACAGCAACAGAGCAAACAUGCUGAAAGAGGUUCAACUUAUGAAUAGACUCUCACAUCCGAACAUCUUAAGGUUUAUGGGUGUCUGUGUGCAUAAAGGACAGCUGCACGCUCUUACUGAGUACAUCAAUUGUGGUAACCUGGAACAGCUACUAGAUGGCAACCAGCACCUGCCCUGGACAGUGAGGGUGAAACUGGCCUAUGACAUUGCUAUGGGAAUCAGUUAUCUUCACUAUAAAGGCAUUUUCCACCGAGACCUUACAUCCAAGAACUGUUUAAUCAAACACGAUGAGAAUGGAUACUCAGCAAUAGUUGGAGACUUUGGUUUAGCAGAGAAAAUUCCUGAUCACAGUGAGAAGUUACCAGUUGUGGGUUCACCUUUCUGGAUGGCACCAGAAGUUCUCAGAGAUGAGCCCUACAAUGAAAAGGCAGAUGUGUUCUCCUAUGGCAUAAUUCUGUGUGAGAUUAUAGCAAGAAUACAGGCAGACCCAGACUAUCUCCCUCGCACAGAGAAUUUUGGAUUAGAUUAUGAUUCCUUCCAGCACAUGGUGGGAGACUGUCCUCCUGACUUCCUCCAGCUGGCCUUCAACUGCUGUAAUAUGGAUCCAAAGUUGCGUCCUUCAUUUGCUGAUAUUGUCAAAACACUGGAGGGAAUGUUAAACCGCCUGAGAAAUGAGGACUCGGAGAGAGACAGGAAGUUCUCGAACCUUGACAACAAUGAAAGAAAACCAAAAGGAUCAAUUGACAAAGGACCAGGAGUAAAACGUUUGAGUUCCUUGGAUGAUAAGAUCCCACCCAAGUCACCCCGUCCACGCCGCAAUAUCUGGCUGUCACGCAGCCAGUCCGAUAUCUUCUCCCGCAAGCCCUCCAGGAAGAUCAACGUGCAGGACCCCUACUACACACCCAGCAAAGGGUUAGGCCGGAAAGUGAAUCCCUUCAGUGCCCGCGAGGACCUCAAGGGGGGAAAGAUCAAAUUCUUUGACAUGCCAAGCAAGUCUGUGAUUUCCCUGGUGUUUGACUUGCACUCUCCAGAGGCAGGUGGAGGCCUGAAAGCCAGCCAGUCCCAGUUCCGGCAAGCGUACAGCACAGACUGGCAAGACCUUUCCCUUCUUCCUGGGAGGAGAUGCAGAUCGCUUCCACUCUCCCCUGAAUUACCACACAAGGAAUAUGGCCUCUUUGGGGGACUGUCUUCAACUGUGGGCAGGUGUGACCCAGCCCAGUUAGGUGCAGAGGUUCGGCAAAAACUCUUGAGUAGCACUAAAUACGGUGUGUCAGAGAUUCCCCCCUUUCAUGCCAAGCCUCACAGAACAGAGUUUCUUCUUGCACCAGGACAAGAAGAGGAUAUGGACUGUUCAGAUGGGCCAGUGGCCCAGGAGGAAAAUGGGUUUUGCCCUGUUGAGAACACACGUGGAGAUCCAGCAUGUGAUCAACCAUUAGUGCUGGCCCAGUCUGGGUCACUAUCUUACAAAAAGCUCCCAGCUGAGAAUUCAGUGAACUCUGAGGGACGUGGCUCACCACAAGUCUUUGCAGGAGGUCCCCCUUCUGAAGAGAUGGAGGUAGAAGAUGACCUACUGAAAAUUACUGUGUUAGAGUCUACAAAGCCUCUGUUCAGUGUUAGUCCUCCCACUGAGCUGAAGAGAGAGGCAUGGCCCUUCAGGGAGCAGGAUGGGGACAGUCCUGCCCUGUUGUCUCAGACCUCCUCCAACAUCUCAGCAAGUGGCAGCACAAAGUCAGCUUGUGACAUAUGAAGAGAGGGCUCAAACUGAAUGUGUCCUUGAGUUGUUCCCAGCUGCUUAAACGAAGUUUUCCUGCAGUGCUGGGCUUCACAUCUGAGAGACUCAACAAGCUGGCUGGAAGACAGAUAGCUGCAGACAGUGUCUGAAGAGACUGAUUAUUUUAUAAAACUUUAUUUCAAAUUGUGCUUAUUCCCUUUCCUGAUUUGAAUUAGGAGGGGGAACUACUCCAGCCAGAAUGGCCACAUGGGUCCCACAGUCCUUCCUGGAGGCAGCAGCCAGAGCAGGCACCAUUAAACAGUUCGACCUGGAUUUCCAGCAUGGGGCAUUUUAAGGUCUUAAGCUCCAUGUAGAGUAGAAAGAAUGACCCUUAGAUUUUUCCCUCUUCCUCUAACUGAACAUCUGCUCUAAGCCACUGCAUAUUUUUCAUUAACAUUCUGUAUCAGUGCACCUGAGUCAGAGCCUCUGUUUCAGAAACAGGCACAGAAGUCUUUCCGAGCUAUGUUGAGCAGAUAGGAAUGCUCUCUAGUCCCAGAGCUGCUUUGAAUGCUGUUGUAGCAUUAAACAAGCUCUUCUUUCAAAAGCAGCAAAAACAAAACCCCUCAUGCUGGUCACAAUCUGCAGGCUGAGUCACAUGACAAGUACUUUGUGAUUAACAAGGAGAAUCUGUUCCCUGGUUUCCUUUUCCCUUGGGAUUUAGUAAUGAUGUUUAAUACAUUUGUGCGGGGAAGCUCGCUUCCUUGUACAGCUCUUUAUGUACCUCAGCCCAAAUGUGGGGGAAGAUUUGCCCAGGGCACAGAGAAGCAUAUUCCAGGCAUUGCCACUUCUGGGCUUCUGAAGAAGCUGCUCCUGAAAGUACCAGCUGUACUGAGCUCUUGGCAGGGGGUGGGCCCUAAUCUCUGAAGAGCUGAGUGGACAUCAUGAUCUGUUUCUGUAGAAUAGUUAAAUACAGUAGCUACAUCACAAUUGACUAUUAUCAUUAAGCUAGAAGGGUCACAUUUACCUCCCUCUCUGGUACAAUAUCCCAUCUCACUGAUUUCACUGCAGUAAUGAUGGCUCCUCACUAGCUGGCUUGACAGAGGACAGGAAUCUCUGCUGAGAGGAAGUUGCCAGCAGUGUUGUAGCCCCACAAGUGCUCUUGGAGAGGACAAACUCACAGUUUGAAUUGUCAAACUGAAGAAAAUUAGCUUGUCCUAAAUUUAAUUUUUGUUUCCUCUACAGAAAGAAGCUGCUGUCUUUAUUGGUUUCUCCUGUUACUGAAUAGGAUGGGGUUUUUUUGGGUGUGUAUUUUUGGUUUUGUUUUUUUUGGGUUUUUUUUUUUUUUUUUUUUUUCCCUUGACCAGUGAGUACCUGUGAAAGAAGCAGCAGCAACAUGAGCUUUAAUGCUGCUUGCUGGAACCAGCAUCAGCAAUCCCUGCUCUGGGAUGAAAUGUCUGGGAAAGCUCAUUCUGUGACAUUUGUGCAACAUCUUGCCCUUUUCCACUAUCAUCCCAAAAAUCAUGGGAUUUUAAAAAUUUUAUUUUAUGGGGUUUUUUAACCUAUAUUCAUUCGUAAGUGAGGUAAACAUUGCACACCUGCUGAGCAGAUGGUGAUGCAGAGGAGUCCAGAUUUUCAUCCAGGUAGCCUGUUACACUCUUCCUGCUCUCUUGUAAGGCUGGAUACUGUAAGCUAGUCUCUGAUGGAAGCCAGACUAUUUCUACUCUUCUCCCACCUCAAAGAAAGGAUGGAGUUUUCUUGGCUGGGAUGUGUAUCUUUCCUGAGGUGGAGGUAGCUAUUCUAUGAGUUCCAGCUGUGACUUCCUCUAGUGAAGUGUGUGUUAAC